AUGAACGAGACGGCCGCUAAUGCGCCUCUCGAUCUCGUCGUCAGGGCAUUCCAACAGCAGCACAGAGUUCAGCUUCUUGCCGAUCGUCGACAACAUCGACCUCAGACCUUCGGCCUGACCCUCAGUGCGCGGGAAUCCGUCCAAAAUAAAACCGCGACGGCACUCAAACGAAUUUAUCUUGCCUUCAAUCAGCUUUAUCACGAUCUCGUCGGGAACCAGCAUGCCCUUAUUCAUGAAUUCCUUGGCCUGGAGACCCACGGGGUCGCCGCUGCUGACAGCGGCACGCAAGAUGUCGCCGGUCGACAGGUGGCAGUAGCAGUGGGAGUCACGGAGAGCCAAAGAUUGAGUGCCCUGCAAAUUUUGAGCGUUCACACAGAAGCUGACAAUUCAAAUGCGCAGCGCAUUAACGGACGCCGGGGCGACGCACGCCCCGAAGUGGCCCGAACACGCAAUAAAACCGAAAGAAUCACGAACCUUGCCAGAGCCUGGAGCUCCCAUGAAGAUGAAGUUACCUUCCGGCUUGCUCAGGCAGUUGUAGCGGCGCCUGACCUCCUGGAGCAGAGUCUCCGUAUCGUAAGCGCCGAGGCCGCUCAUCGUGGCAAGACAAACGGACACGACGGAUAA